AUGUCUUACCACCAGCAGCAGUGCAAGCAGCCCUGCCAACCUCCUCCUGUAUGCCUACCCCCGAAGUGUCCUGAGCCUUGUCCCCCUCCAGUGUGUCCUGAGCCUUGUCGCCCUCCAGUUUGCCCUGAGCCUUGUCCCCCUCCAGUGUGCUGUGAGCCAUGCCCCCCUCCAGUGUGCUGUGAGCCAUGCCCCCCUCAGACAUGGCAGCCAAACUGCCCUCCUGUGCAAACUCCACCUUGCCAGCAGAAGUGUCCACCCAAGAACAAGUGAGGACCUUGCAGUCAUCAUGACCAGGGGAAGUGAAGA